UUCCCUCGCCGCCGACGUGUCGUUUAUCACUCAUCAAUUCCCACUCUUCUCCGCCGCGCCGUUUCUGCGUUCUCCUCUCUGCCUGUCGCUGUCGCGCCGAUGGCCUUCAGGGGUCGAGGACGAGGACGGGGAUUUGGAGGCCGUGGCGGUGGCUUUGGCUAUGCGAAGCAAGAGCCCUUUGAGCUUUUCCCCGAAAUUGAGUUACCUGACCGGAAAGCUAUCACAACCGACCCGGAAUUAGUUGCGGGUUACUUUAAGUUCGAGAAGUUCUGGAGAAACUCUCCUUACUAUCUGGGAGAUGGCGUUUCAAAGAAGGAGAACGUGAGUGUCGACAUAGAGAGGUAUUCGGACUGGUCGAAGCCAAAGAGCAAGUCUAAGCGUGGAUCCUUCUAUGAUUAUCUGAUUCUGAGACCCGAUAACUUCCCUAAAGAACUUCUUGGAGAUUCCAGAAGAGAACGGCCCGUCAAGAAGGCACGGUGGAGUCAGGAAGCAGAUAUCAAGAAGUUGGACAUUUUCGAGAAGCUUGAAGAGAAGUACAAGAAAUCUGGCAAGGAAGAUGAAGUGGGUGAAGAAGCAGAAGAAGAACCAGAGGAAGAUGAGGCUGAAUACAGUGAUGACGGGGACUAUAACCAGAAUGUGGACUUUGACGAUGAUGAUGACGAUUACAACCAACAAGAUGAUGGUGAUGAUGAACCUACAUUUUAGGUUUUGCAUUUCUGCCGUACGGAUGUCAAUUGUCAAACCAAUUUUGUUGGUUAAUGGACUGGUUUGAGCAGAACCGGACUUGAACCAAGCAGAGUGUUCGAUGGUUAAGCUUAUUAACCAUAAUUUCUUGUGGGUUUAAUACUAAUCUCUUAUUGACAAGAAAGUGUAAGUCGCAUUUCACUCACGAACGAUGUGCUAUUUCGAAGUUCGCUCAUACAUGUAAUUUUUUUACGGGAGUUUUGUAUUAGUUAAUAUUUUUGUAAAUGAAAUUCGGAAACAAGUUCCCAAUCUUAUAGAGUUCCAAUAAAAAAAAUAAUUCAACUUUAAA